AUGAGGCUACUAAGUUUAGCAUGCCUUUUGGGCUUGUCCUCUCUUGCCGUCUUCGGGUGUGGCUACGGUGGAGGCGACUACUCGUCGACUUUCAUCGAACAUGUGUCGGUGAUUUUCUCGAUUGAGACCGCCUAUUGGACAAUCUCCUAUGAAUACGAUGUGUGGUACAACGGCUCAUCGACCACCGAUCAAAACAACGAGACGUUGACCGCCGCCUACUUCAUCACUCUGCUCGAGAGCUACGAAAAGGGAGAGUUGACGCUCGUGACCACGGAGCCCACCUACGGCUACAUCAACUAUUUGUACGGUAUGUCGUGGAUCUUCUACGGACUCCAAUACACGGAUACUUUCUACAUCGACAUGGACUCGCAAAAGGAAAAAGCCAAGAAGGUGUUCGCGUGCUACGAGUACCAAGGAUAUACCUGGGAAUCGGAAGUGUGGAACCAGACGGACUCGUGCUGGACUCAAUUCGUCACCACCGGAAUGAGCCAAGGCGCCAUCGAUCAGACGAACACGCAAUGCGUCCAACUCGGUCUCUACUACUCGAUGUACCCGGAAAUGCUCGUGCCUGGGUGCUCACCCGACAUGAGCGUCACUUGCUCUGUGGAACAAUACUACGAAGUUAUCGGCUACAUCUUCUCCACCGAAGAGACUCGUAUCAGCUUUGCCACCGCUUUCUACAACUAUUUCUACAGUUGCCCCGGCGCCCCCAAGGAGAUUCAAUGGAGUAAAGUGAUCAAGGACUCAUGCAUCAUCAAGGGCGGAGAUGUCUCCAUCGUUGCCACAAGUGGUGAAUGCGGUGGAAUGGAGAUGGUCGAGCCGUGCGUCGAGAUGAUCUACCAGCUUAUCGAUCAACAGAACGAGCAAGUCAUGUGGUUCAUCACAAUCUACAUGAAGAACAUCCUCAACAUUUCCCCAAUCACCAGCACCGUGACAUUGACCGGAAACGUGCAGAUGUACACCUACAUGAUGGAACAAAUCGCCACGUCGGGUGGUUUCAUCUCGUGGACCGUCUACGUUGAGUUCUUCGCCAGAUGGGAAGCGUUCUGCGGAACAAAGGUGACCGUGACCUGGACCGAGGUCGAGAUCUGGAUCACCGAAUUCUUCAACGUUUGCUGCCACUGGACCCUCCCGUACACGACUCCAGCACCCACCAUGAUCACCGAGGUUUCCACGAUGGUCACCGAGGAAGUCACCGGAUUUUCAACUGGAGAGACGGCCAUGUCAACUGGUGAGACUGGAUUCACGACUGGAGAGACUGGCUUCACGACUGGAGAGACGGCCAUGUCAACUGGUGAGACUGGCUUCACGACUGGAGAGACUGGCUUCACGACCGGAGUUCCAACGGAGGCCACAUGUGUGAUCUCUACUCCCGAGGAGGAGUGCGCCUACAUUAUUUCGUACUUCCGUUUCAUCGGCUUCCUCUACGUGAACAAGACGUGGAGAGACUCGCUCAACACUAAGUGCCGUGGCCACAAGGAGAAGCACCCCCAUUCGAGCAACAAGGACAAGGCUAAGCACUUUGUGAAAUCCACGCACGAGUGUGCGCGCGAUUUGGGCACUUGCGGAGGACCCGACUGCGUCCCACCAGCCGAGUUGGCUUCCACCUAUGAGCCAGUCAUUGAAGAAGGCCCACAACCACCAGCGGGAGAGGACAGCUGGGAGUUCUUUGUCAACUUCGCCAUCGAAGUCUGGCUCGUCGGCGACUACACGAUUCUCAAUGAAUGCGCGUGCGCGAUGGCCGAGUAUUCGAGCUCUUUCCCCACCGGUGACGAUUUCAGCCAUCAAACUGGAGACGGAGACGAGCCAACUGUUGCCCCGACUUGUGAUGAGAUCAAAUCCAACACCGGAAUCUUCAUCUUCUUCCAAUUCAUCGCGGUUGAGUGCGGUUUCCAGGACUCCUUCUUCUGGGUUCAGUGGAUCCUCAAGUUCAAGGCGAUCUUCUUCUCACUCGACUGGGAUUGCGGAUGCUGGGGAGAGUUCAUCUGGACCUGGUCAAUCGACUGGAUCGAGCUCAUCUACACUUUCUUGGAGGCAAUGUGCUGCGGAUGCACUCCAACCGAGAUGCCCAUCCCAACACCCCAAAAAUCGGUCGGCACUUGGGACAUCUUCCGUUUCUUCGUCUCCUUCUGCAGUAAUGUCGAAUACCGUGAGACGUUCGAGUGCUUCAUGUCAUGGUACUUUGAGCUCAAUGGCUACGUCACGUUCGAGACAAUGACUUUCACCGAAGUCUACGAGUGCAUGUCGAUCUUCAUUGACUACAUGAUCAUCGUUGUUGAUCACCCGGACACCCCGAAAGAAACCCAAGGGGCUCCCUCACAAUCACCUAUGACGAGUUCAUGUACACUUGCAUGUAUUGGG